ACGCGCGGGGAAAAACGACACAAGCCAGUCAUCAUAUCAAAGCUCAAAACCGAACAUAAAGCGAACUUCCUUUGACCGACCAACAACAGAACAGAUGACAUGAGCGAGCUUCUCAGACCGAUUCUCCGGGAAGGAACUUCGUACCAUUUCAGGCAAAUGCUCUCCUCCUACACCUUCCUCUCCGCAAACCUCGCUCCGUUCGACACAGUACCCGCCCCUCUCCUCCGUCAGAAGCCUCAGACGCCGAAGCGCCGCCUUUCGUCGGAAGCAAGAAACGGCGGCGACGGAAGGUUCCGUCGUCCCUCGUGCUCCGAACGCUCGCCUUCGACGUCGGAAUGUCGCUUUUCCAGCGAUGUGUCGUGCUCCGGAGAAAACCCAGAUGGCGAUUCGUGCGACGACCCUUCUGGAGCUCAAUGCAUGAGCGAUGAUGUUCUUGCUUCUUGGCUGCAGUCGUGUUCUGGCGUGAGGGAUGUUCAAAAAGUUCAAGCUGUGGCUUCGAAAUGUUCAGGACCCAGUGCUGCUUACGUUAAUAAUAAUCUGAUGUCUGCGUAUUUGAGAUUUGGGAGGCUGGACGAGGUCAGGAAGGUGUUUGACGAAAUGACCGAGAGGAAUGUGGUUAGUUGGACUACGAUGAUUAAUGCGUGCGUUAGGUUUGGCUUGGACAGGGAGGCUUUGAGGUUAUUUCUUGAUGCUCUUGGUAAUGGGGUUCGAGCAAACUGCAAGACUUAUGUGUGCAUCCUGAAUUUAUGUAGCAGGAGAUUAGAUUUUCAACUCGGAAAACAAGUUCACGCCUGUGUUAUCAAGAAUGAGCAGCGGAACUUGAUUGUUGAGAGUGCUAUAGUUCAUUUCUAUGCACAGUGUGGGGUGCUUGAUAGCGCAUUUUGUGCAUUUGACCGGAUGAAUGAGCAUGAUGUGGUGUCUUGGACGACAAUCAUCACUGCUUGUUCCCAACAAGGACAUGGAAAAGAGGCUUUUUCAAUGUUUGGGCGAAUGUUAAGGGAUGGAUUAUUUCCCAACGAGCAUACUGUGUGUAGCAUUUUGAAUGUAUGCGGCGAGGAGAAGGCAUUGAAAUUCGGGAGACAGUUACACUGCAUCACAUUUAAAAGGAUGAUCAAGAAUGAUGUUUUCAUGUGGACGUCUUUAGUGGAUAUGUAUGCAAAAUGUGGGGAGAUAGUAGAUUCAAGAAAAGUUUUUGAUGGAAUGAAGAAUAGAAACACAGUGACAUGGACGACCAUGAUAGCUGGAUACGCUCGGAAUUGGCUUGGUGAGGUGGCCAUACACCUUUUCAGGGAGAUGAAGAGAAGGAAUAUAUUUGCUAAUAACCUCACCAUUGUAAGCAUUCUCCUAGCUUGUGGUUCAAUCAAGAAGUUAGAGUUGGGAAGGGAAGUUCAUGCACAGAUAGUCAAGAAAUCUGUUCAAACUAAUGUCCACAUAGGAAGCACUCUUGUAUGGUUGUAUUGUAAAUACGGAAAGUAUUCGUAUGCCUCCAAUGUCCUCCGCCAGAUGCCGUUCAGAGAUGUUGUCUCUUGGACAGCAUUGAUAUCUGGCUGCGCACAUCUUGGGCUGGGAUCAGAAGCACUUGAACGCUUGAAAGAUAUGUUGGAUGAAGGUGUGGAACCCAAUGCCUUUACGUAUUCAUCAGCACUAAAAGCAUGUGCUAAGCUAGAAGAUCUUUUCCAAGGAAAGUUACUUCACUCCUCUGCAAACAAAACUUCUGCCUUGUCUAACGUGUUUGUUGGUAGUGCGUUAGUCCAUAUGUAUGCAAAAUGUGGAUACUUAGCAGAGGCAUCUCAAGUUUUUGACAGCAUGCCGCAGCGUAACCUGGUAACGUGGAAGGCUAUGAUAAUGGGGUAUGCAAGGAAAGGGCAUUGCCAAGAGGCUUUAAAGCUCAUGUAUCGGAUGAGAGCAGAAGGUAUUGAGGUGGAUGACUAUGUACUCGCCACAGUUCUCACUACAUGUGGAGAUUUGGAGUGGGACAAAGAACCUUCAUCAGAAUAUUGCUUGCAAUCUAGUUGACAUUUCAGCUCUUAAUGCGAUUUCCAUGGAAACCAAUUGUGCAUGAAGUAGUCAUUGGCUCCCGGAUGACGAUCCGUAUACAACCAUUGGCUCAGGAAUAGAUGAUAUACAUGUUAAAGAAAUGUUGCCUGGGUGGAACAGAAAGUCUGCCACGAAGGUUGAUUGGCCUGACUUCUGAGUUAUAUCCGGUAUAUCCACCCUCUUCCAUGCAGCAAUAUCAAGGAACGUGUGACGGAGGAAAGUGGGGCAUGGAACUCCUUAACAUCAUAUAAUUUGUCAUCUCCAGGAAAUGCCAAAGCUCCGUAAACAUUGGAGAGCUGGGUGUGUGGGUGGCUGAAGGAAAGGGAGAACUGACGAAACGUACAUAACGAGAAAAUUCAUUUGUCACCUAUAAUGUAUUUGUGAUCGGUACAUUGCAUAAUAUUCAUAUCACUUUAACUGGGAAAUUCGUCUGUAUCGAUAAAGAUGUGGACGUGCAAUUGUACAUGCAUAAUGAUAUCCAAUACACAAUCCCUAAGUCAAGCGCUAGGGAAGAUUUUGCAA